UGACACCAGAGAGAGAAAAGCAGCUAUACUAGCAUACAAAAAGAGUGGAACAAGAAAGGAGACCCCUCUUUUUUUUAAAAAAAAAUUCUCUUGCCAUAUAAGCUGGUCUGUUUCUUGGAGCCUGCAGAGAAAUGGUGCAGCGGUGAAAGGGAGGCACGAAGGGGGAGGGUUAGGAGGGGAGGAGCUGCUGAAGCCGCAGUCUGGCGCAGACAUGGCUGGGGCGGCCAUUGGGGUGGUGGUCCUGUUCUUGGCUGCAGCUCCAUUUGGGGCUAAUGCCAACACCGACUCGAACGAUGGUGAGUGAGUUCUGCUCCUUUUAGUCGGUUCUAUUAUCUCGAUUCUCGAAGCAUAUGUUUCGCUUCCGCACGUCAAAAAACGAUGCAACUUCUUCGUUUUCAGUUUGGUUUGCGCAGCCGUAAAGGGAUGCGGGAGGAGUGGCGCAAUUGCGAAGCAUUAAGCAUGAGUUCUGAAGUUUCGGUUUGUAUAAAUGGCUGAUUUCUGAAAUUUCGGUUUAGAUGCAUGUAUUGUAUCCAGAACUGUAUAGGAACUUUUCCUUGUUAUUAUCAGUUAAGUUGACCAAGGGAAUGCUAUUCCUCCAGUUUGCUGCAUGCGAACAUCUUAGUUUUCUCUAUAACAGCGAAGUAUAAACGAAACAUUAUGGUACCUGAAAAAUUAUUCCUCCAUUGUUACUGAUUUACCCCAAAUCUCUGUUCUUGCGUAUGCAGUAAACGCCCUCAAUGUCUUCUACACAACCAUGAAUUCGCCACCCCAGCUGACGAACUGGGUGUCCCAAAAUGGGGAUCCCUGUGGAGAGUCGUGGCUUGGGGUCACAUGCUCCGGUUCCAGAGUGACAACAAUAAAGUUAUCUGGAAUGCGGCUUAAUGGGACCUUGGGGUACAACAUGAAUCAACUAACUGCACUAGUUCAACUCGAUAUGAGCAACAACAAUCUUGGAGGCAGUGACAUCCCUUACAAUCUUCCUCCAAAUCUCGAGAGUUUAAAUCUUGCCAGCAAUAACUUCACUGGGACUGUACCUUACUCCAUCUCCCAGAUGGUUGCAUUUAAGAAUUUAAAUCUUGGUCAUAAUCAGCUCUCAAACAUCAAUGAUAUGUUCAAUCAGCUCACAAAUUUAACAACAUUGGAUUUGUCACAAAACAACUUUUCUGGUAAUCUUCCACAGAGCUUUGACUCCUUGACAAGUUUGAAAGCACUUUAUCUUCAGAACAACGAAUUUAGUGGCACAAUAGAUGUUCUUGCCGAGCUUCCUCUUACUGACUUAAAUGUUGAAAACAACCAAUUCACCGGUUGGGUACCUGAUAAACUAAAGGGAAUCAACAAUCUCCAGACAAGUGGAAACUCAUUUAACAAUGGUCCCGCUCCACCACCGCCACCAUCACCAUCGUCAUCAUACACACCGCCACCAUCACCAGCUUCUCAGCAGGCUCCUGUUCCAAGUACCAAUGGUAACAAUAGCCCAGCUGAAGACGCUGGCAAAGGCAAACACUCUAAACUGGGAGGUGGUGCUGUAGCAGGAAUUGUAAUAUGUUUGCUGGUUGUUGGCGCGUUAGUUGCAUUCCUUGUGAUCAAAAGGAAAUCAUGGAGAUUGUCAAGGGGACAAGACCCUGAACAGAAUGAACCUCUCAGCCCUCUUGCUUCUGGACUUAAACAGAUGAAAUCUAUUAAAUCUAUUAAGAUCGUAUCGACAAUCGGCAAGGAAGAAUUGCAGAAGACCGUUUCAAUGAGUUUGAAGCCUCCAACGAAAAUUGACCUGCACAAGUCCUUUGAUGAAAGUGAUACUAGUAGCAAGUCUAUUACAAGGAAAGUAAGUUUGACUUCCAUCACAAUACCUGUAUACACAGUGGCGGAUCUUCAGGUGGCAACAGGCAGCUUCAAUCCUGACAGCCUUGUUGGUGAGGGAUCGUUUGGUCGUGUUUACCGGGCAAAAUUCAGUGAUCAGAAGGUCCGGGCCUUAAAGAAAAUCAAUUUUUCCGCAUUUUCAAGCCAUCCUUCAGAUGUGUUCAUUGAGUUGGUGGCAAACAUUUCAAGCCUAAAUCAUCCAAACCUUGCUGAGCUAGCUGGUUACUGCUCAGAGCAUGGUCAGUGCUUGCUGGUAUAUGAAUUCUACCAGAAUGGUUCUCUGCAUGACUUUCUUCACAUGAAGGAUGAGCACAGCAAACCAUUGUCUUGGAACAAUCGUGUGAAGAUUGCCCUUGGAUCUGCAAGGGCAUUAGAGUACCUACAUGAAACUUGUUCGCCAUCCAUGGUCCACAAGAACUUCAAGUCAUCCAACAUCUUAUUGGACAGUGAGCUGAACCCUCACCUUUCUGAUUCUGGGUUUACAGACCUUAUUCCCAACCAGGAAUUCCAGGAAUCAGAUGAGAACUCAGGAUACAGGGCACCUGAGGUGUCCAUGUCUGGGCAGUACUCCCUGAAGAGUGAUGUGUACAGCUUCGGAGUCGUCAUGCUGGAGCUCCUGACUGGUCGGAAACCGUUUGACAGGACUCGGCCGCGGCCCGAGCAGUCGCUGGUCCGGUGGGCCACGCCGCAGCUUCACGACAUCGACGCGCUGGACCAGAUGGUCGACCCCGCGCUGCAGGGGCUGUACCCGUCGAAAUCCCUCUCCCGCUUCGCCGACGCCAUCGCCCUGUGUGUCCAGCCCGAGCCGGAGUUCCGGCCGCCAAUGUCGGAGGUCGUGCAGUCGCUGGUGCGGCUCGUGCAGAGGGCGGGCCUGGCGAGGGCGCACGAGGGCCACCCGCGGCGCCACGGCGAGUCCGGCGGGGACUACGAGUUUUGAGCGAGGCGGAAUUGUAGUGUGAAAGGCAAAACGUAUUCGGAGAGAACAUUCUCUGCCGUGCCGACCGUGCUUCACCGGCGGCGUUGCUGUAAAUCCUGUGGUGUUUCGGAACGGCAUCGCCGCCUACUGCUUCGCGUUGAUCGCAGUUGGAAGAGAGAGAUCAAACUGCGUCCA